AUGGUUCCCAUCGUCCUGGAGGUGACCUGCAGCUUUGUCACCUGGCUGUGUCUCUACAGCUGCUUCUGCCGCUGGAACAGGCAGCGCUCCUACAAGUGGAGCUGUCGCCUGGUCACCCUCCUGCACGGGCUCCUUGUCACCUGCCUGUCUGGCUAUGUCAUGUUCCUGGAUGGCCCCUGGCCCCUGACCCACGCAGGUUCACCAAACACCCCUCUCCAGAUCCACGUGCUGUCCCUGACCUUGGGCUACUUCAUCUUUGACCUGGGCUGGUGCCUGUACUUCCAGACAGAGGGGGACCUGAUGCUGCUCCACCACACCCUGAGCAUCUGUGGCUUGAUCCUGGUGCUGGGGCUGGGCAAAUCGGCCACGGAAGUGAACGCCGUGGUGUUUGUCAGUGAAAUCACCAACCCCCUGCUCCAGACCCGCUGGUUCCUGAGGGAAAUGGGCUCUUACCACACUUCCCUGGGAAAAGUGGUGGAUUUCCUCUUCGUGCUGCUCUUCCUGGUGCUGCGGAUCGGGGCAGGAGCGUGGAUCAUGUACGGGAUGGUGACAUCCCCCAAACCCAACUGGCUCCUCAAGGCUGGGGGCCUGGCCAUGUACGUGGUGUCCUUGGGGUUCUUGGUUGAAAUCUGUCGCUUUGUAAGGAGGAAAAUGUGGAAAAAAAGCCCUGCCCUGGACUCGCAGUCUUUGCAGGAGUGAACCUGGGGAAACUUCUUGGCUGCUCGUUAAUGGGUCGUAGAGGACAAUGCCCUGGGUUUGGGGCCUGGCUGCUGGAGCUUGUUCCUGUGAAAAGAAUUCCUAAAAUGACACGGAAUUGAUUUUUCUGCUGCCCCUGGAGGAGAUGGAUCGGCGCUAGGAGCAUGGAAAAGCUGAGAGAAGAGGGAUUUGAGUGGAAACCUGAGGAGC